CUGACUGCAGUGAAGGAGACGUCUCUCCACAGUUGUGUCACGUGACAGCGGGGCUCGGUCGGGUCGGCAGUCAUGUGACAACGACUUGUGUCCCCGCGGACUUCUUUAACAGGGGGUCUAGGCUAUUUCUUUUGACUAUGAUUUGCUUGUGAUCGGCGGAGGCUCUGGAGGUCUUGCAUGUGCUAAAGAAGAUUACUUAGUUUGUUGGGGUAGCCAGCUCUAGGAAGAGUCCUGGUUGUGCCCCAUUCACUUCAAUGAGACAACUUGGCAGCUGCUACUUCACGACUAUCAGGACAGAAUUCUUAACAUCUGCCCAAUUUGGAAAGCGAGUUGCAGUAUUCGAUUAUGUAGAACCAUCACCCAAAGGAACCAAAUGGGGUAUUGGAGGGACGUGUGUGAAUGUUGGCUGCAUUCCAAAAAAGCUGAUGCACCAGGCAGCGCUGUUAGGAGGUGCCCUGAAAGAUGCCCCCCAUUAUGGCUGGCAUAUACCGCAUCCAGCACAACACGACUGGUCCAAAAUGGCACAAGCUGUUCAAAAUUAUGUGAAGUCAUUAAAUUGGGGCCACAGAGUACAGCUACAGGACAAGAAAGUAAAGUAUUUUAACCUGAAGGCCAGUUUUGUGGAUGAACACACUGUGCAUGCAGUAGCAAACACUGGGAAGGAGACAAAAGUGACUGCAAAAAUCAUUGUCCUGGCGACAGGAGGAAGACCAAUAUAUCCUACACAUAUUCCUGGCGCAAUGGAGUACGGUAUUACAAGUGAUGAUCUCUUUUGGCAGCAGAAAUCACCUGGGAAAACUUUAGUGGUUGGAGCCAGCUAUGUUUCGUUGGAGUGUGCAGGGUUCUUGACUGGCAUUGGACUGGAUACAACUGCUAUGGUGAGAAGCAUUCCCCUGAGAGGGUUUGAUCAGCAAAUGGCUACUCUAGUGACUGAUUACAUGGAAUCGUAUGGGACAAGGUUCUUAAGAAAAUGCGUUCCAUCAAGAGUAACAAAACUAGCAAAUGGGAACCUUGAGGUGACCUGGAAAAACACAGAUUCUGGGAAAGAAGAGUCUGACACGUUUGGCACUGUUAUGUGGGCUGUAGGCCGUGCCCCUGAAACAAAGUCUCUGAAUUUAGACAAGGUUGGUGUCGUUGUUAAAGCAGAGACUGGGAAAAUCAUUGUUGAUGACUCUGAAUCCACAUCAGUCCCAAACAUCUUUGCUAUUGGUGACAUCACAGAGGAUCGCCCAGAGCUGACUCCAACAGCCAUUGCUGCUGGAAAGCUUUUGGCUCGCCGCUUGUUCAGUAACUCCACCGAGUUAAUGGAUUAUGACAGUGUUCCCACCACAGUAUUCACACCUCUGGAAUAUGGCUGUGUUGGCCUUUCUGAAGAAAAGUCGAUAGAAUUCUAUGGAGAGGAUGCAAUUGAGGUCUUCCAUGCGUUUUACAAGCCAUUGGAGUUUACAGUUCCUGGAAGAAACUCCUCUCAAUGUUAUAUUAAGAUGAUUUGCCUUAAAGGGUCACAACAAAGAAUUGUUGGCCUUCACUUCAUCGGGCCAAACGCUGGAGAAGUUAUUCAAGGAUUUGCCCUCGGAAUAAAGUGUGGAGCCACCUAUCCUCAAUUGAUGAGUACAGUGGGCAUACAUCCCACAUGUGCCGAGGAAGUCACCAAACUACACAUCACAAAGCGUUCAGGCCUGGACCCCACAGUCACUGGUUGCUGAGGUUAAUUACCAUCUCUGAAAAGAAAGGAACCAUCUGUCUGCAUGAAAACUGGAGAACUAUCAGCAUGUUCAGUAUCCUUACAUAUUUAUGUCACAUUUCCCUGGAAUAGAUACACUGUAAAAGCCUUUGCCAAAAGUGAUUUAUGAUUAUUCUAAGCACUACAGAAUGCAUUCCUCCUGUGUCGGAUAUUUCAUCAGAUGCCAAGGACUUAAUAAGACUGACUUGUCCUGUGGUGUAGUCACUCCUUACAUCCAGGAGGUGGAACUGCAGACCAGAAGAUGUUGGAAUCACAGUGACAUCAAGUUUAGGUGCGAAUACAGAAAGAUUUUUGGCAGAGUGACUGAAGACUUCCAAGGAUUGCUGUACAACCACUGCUACCUUAAAGCUGGACAUGUUUUUAAUACCAAAGUAUGUCAAGUGUAUGCCUUAGUACAGUGUUUCCCAACCAGGGUGCCUCCAGCUGUUGCAAAACUACAACUCACAGCAUUGGAGUUGUAGUUCUGCAACAGCUGGAGACACCCUGGUUGGGAAACACUGCCUUAGUAUAUAGAUACAGGUAUACCUUAUGGAUAUAUAGUGAUGCUAUGCAUGCUGAUGUCUACCUGUUUAGUGCAGGCAACAUUGUGGUAUCUCCUUUCAGAGAUGGUCAAAGUGUUAUUAAACCUUCUAGAGUAUAAACAGAUUUUGAUACCAGCGAAUGACGGCUUGUGCUUAAACUCAUUCUCUGAGAUGCACCAGCCAGAGAACCUGCUGGAUCCUUUGUAGUAAAAACUUAUAUAUAUAUCUCAACUGGCUCCAGAAAGUUAAGCAGAUUUGUAAAUUGUAUUAAAAAAUCUCAAUCCUUCCAAUAAUUAUCAGCUGCUGAAGUUGAGUUUUUCUUUUCUGUCUGACCACAGUGCUCUCUGCUGACACCUCUGCCUGUCUCGGGAACUGCACAGAGUAGAAGAGGAUUGCUAUGAGGAUUUGCUUCUACUCUGGACAGUUCCCGAGACAGGUGUCAUCAGAGAGCACUUAGACAGUAAAGAACA